AAGCACCCUUCUUUUGUAAGCAAUGCAUAUCACAUCACGUUUUUGAUCAUAAACUAGACAUUUGCUGUAUGCUGUGAUAAGAUUGACAACAAUAACUGAGAUAUAAAGAUGUUGUUUAAUCAAUCUAUACACUUUUACUUUUUUGCCCUUCAAAUAUGGAGUCUAUAGCAUGCAUUCAGCUGAAAGGAAACAAACUAGGGUAUUCCUUUUACUCUGGCGAAACUUUAAAGCUAUAUGUUAUGGAGGAUAUACUAGAAUCCAAUAAUUUUUCAUAUACAGGCGCACUCAUCACUCAAUUCAUGCUAAAGUCUAUACUAAUACCUGACUCAAGCAGUGAUGAGUUUGUUAAUUUUUUACAAGAAUAUGAUGAAACAAUUGAGUUAAAGAGAAUUGCUACCAAGGAAUUUGCUUUUGACAAGGGCAGAUAUACAGUGCUGAAUUGGUAUAUUGACUACGUUCAUCCCCAGCAAGGCAGCGUUUCUACUGUAGGAACAAGCGUCAUAAACUAUAAUAUGAUGCUUGCCGAUCCUGAACAAGGAAAUAAAACACAUAGCUACUUACAAUUGGAAGGGCUCAUCAACUUAAACGAAAGUCAAUUAACGAUUGGUUGUGCAGGCGUGCUUUUGAAACAUGUACGUAAACAUGAACAGCAAAAUGCAGACAGUAGAGAUGAAAGUAGAUUAUCUCUGCAACCCACUUUGCUUGAAGUAUUUUCGAGUGACACAUAUAUGCAUAUCAGCUUGGAUGUAGCAAGAUCAUUAAGCAUAUUUGAAUACGAUUCGCAUCCCAGCAUGCAUCAAAAAAGGGGAAAAGAAGGCCUUUCACUUUUUGGUCUUUUAAAUAAAACCAAAAGUGUACUCGGGAAGUAUCGCCUAAAGGAAUGGGUCAUGCGUCCAACAACAAUCAGGAAAACAAUUGAAGAAAGACAUGCAUCUAUAGAAUUCCUUAUCCGGUCAGAUGUACGAGAAGAACUUCAAGAACUUCGAUCAUAUUUGUCACAAAUAAAGAAUAUUCAUUGGCUACUAUCAAAAGUAAAGGAACAUAAAGCGACACCUAAUGAUUGGCAGCAUAUUCUCAAGUUUGCAUAUUAUUCUAUUUGCAUCUUUGGUCUUUUGAGUCAGAUACAAUCCAUCAAUGGCGCAGAACAGCUGUCUAUUUUUCAAAGCACUCAAGGCCAUACACCAGAUAUAGAAGACAUGAAAGUUGUUGGCACAGAUAUUAACAAUUUGAUUGACUUUGAAGCUAGUAAGCACGAGAGUCGAAAUAUCAUAAAAGAGAAAUUAGACGCGGAACUGGAUUUUUUAAAAUCAAGAUAUGAAAAUAUGGACGCCUGCUUGCUUGAAGCAGCUCAGGAGAUUGGUUCAAACUUGCCACAUGAGAUAAAAGCUGCUCUCAACGUAGUUUACUUUCCACAACUGGGCUACCUCAUUGUCUUGCCCAAGUACCGUUGCUCAUCAGAAUCUGGAAAUCAAUGCAAUCAUAGCCAGAGCACAGCCAUAAGUGAUGAUCCAUAUCUAUGUCUCUCUGAAUUUGAGUUACAGUUUACGACCGCAGAUAGCUUAUAUUACAAGAACGAAAGGACAAAAGAAUUAGAUAGAACAAUUGGUGACAUACACUCCAUGAUCACAGAUAAAGAAAUUGAAAUCAUCCAAGGGCUCUCAGAAAGGGUGUUGGAGCACACGAAACAAUUUUCUGAUAUUGCAGAUAUAUUAUCCAGCCUUGAUUGUCUGGUAUCACUAGCUGUAGUUGCUUUAAAAUUCAAUUACAUCAAGCCCAGGAUGACUGAUACGAAUGAGCUAAAGAUUAUUCAAGGAAGGCAUCCUCUUCAAGAGUUAUGCGUGGAUGCCUUUAUACCAAAUGAUACAUACUUGGAAGGCGGGAAAGGAUUCGAAUAUGCACAAGAUAGUCUUAAUCUUUUUACAAAACCAGUAAGAGCAAGUGAACAAAAUGAAGCUUCACAAAGUACCUCUACUGCCAUCAAUAGCAUACAGGUGGUGACUGGAGCCAACUUUUCUGGAAAGAGUGUGUAUCUAAAGCAAGUUGCACUCAUUACAUACAUGGCUCACAUAGGGAGCUUUGUACCUGCUCAAGAGGCCAUCAUUGGCAUCACUGACAAGAUAUACACAAGAAUACAAACAUUGGAAACCGUUUUAAAGCCUCAAAGUGCUUUUGCUUACGAUUUGCAACAAUUAAAAAAGGCUUUGCAUAACAGUACAUCCCGUAGCUUGGUGAUUAUUGAUGAAUUUGGCAAGGGUACUGAGAGUGCAGAUGGCGCUGCAUUAUUUUGUUCAGUGCUAGGGUACUUUUUAUCCAUGACAGACAAUUGUCCAAAAGUCCUGGCUAGCACACAUUUUCAUGAUGUCAUAAGUCAAAAUAUUCUGUCAACCCAAGAUCGCAUUACGCUAUCACAAACAGAGAUUCUGUAUCAAGAAUUAAGUGAAAUCGAAGGCGAACCUAAAAAAGAUGAAGCUGUCUUCUUAUACCGCAUUGUACCUGGCAUCAGCUAUCUUUCAUCUUUUGGCAUAUGGUGCGCUGGCAUUGCUGGUCUACCUAUAUCGAUUACCGAAAGAGCCCUGUUGUUGUCGGAAAAAUAUGCAAAAGGAGAAAAGAUUGAUAGGAUAGAAAGUACAGAUGAGCACAGACAUUUUGAAGAUCUCGAAUUCAUUUCUCGUACCUUUGUGACUUCAGAUAUCAAUGAAGUCAAUCCUCGAAUGAUGAUAGAGUCUAUUAAGCAUAUGUUGGGCAAGGAUUAAAAAAGAGCUCUAUUUUAAAUAAAAAGCAAUAAUAAGAAGAAAGCAAUGUAAACUGAACGUUACGCGCUCAAAAAAGGGCUUAGUUUUGCAUCACCGCAUAUAAAGAGGCUGC